AUGGAGAAAGACAACGAAACCGCUCAUGGUGAACACCGUGAAGGGGAUGACCUCAAGACUCUAGCUGCCGCGACCUCUUCUGUCAAGUUGAAUAGUCGUGGUAUUGUCUUGUUUCCUCGACCUACCAAUGAUCCCAAUGACCCCCUUAAUUGGUCAGCUUUUGAGAAGUACUCAACUUACUUGACGGUGUGUUUUUUCACCUUCCUUGCCACCAUGAACGCAUCCAACUUCACCGUCGCCAUCAAACCUCUUUCUGCAGAGUUUCAUCGAACCCCCACCGAAGCGGGAUACCUCGUUUGCUUCAAUGUGCUUUGGCUGGGAGUCGGAAAUAUUAUUUGGGUUCCCUUGAUGCGUGUUAUUGGAAAGCGCCCGGUAUAUCUUGUAGCGCUUCUGCUCCUGAUGGGGUGUAAUAUUUGGUCUUUCGAGACGCAUUCCUACGGAAGCCUUCUUGCAGCUCGAAUCAUUUCUGGCUUCGCAGCUUCGGCAUCCGACGCGACAGUCCCUUCGCUAGUCACAGAUUUGUUCUUCAUCCACGAGCGCGGUCACUGUAUGAUGAUAUUUCAUAUGGCGCUGAGUUCUGGUUUCUUCCUUGGUCCGCUUAUCUGCUCCUGGGUGACGCAGGACAUCGACUGGCGGUGGACUUGCGGUAUUCUUAGCAUCGCAGCGGGACUUACCUUCAUCGUUGGUGUUUUCACGAUUCGCGAGUCACAUUAUCCUCGUGACAAGGCGGAUUUUAGUCUUCCGGUUGAAUCAUACAAGGGCAAGAGAGGCUUCUUAUUUCAGUUGAGUCUCACUCGUGGCUACGACUCGAACGCUUCUUUUGUCGCUACAUUUCUACGAAUUCUCACCUUGGUAGCCUAUCCACCUGUUUUGUGGACAGGACUAACAGUUGGUGCUUUUGUUGGCUGGAACCUGGUUGUUCAACUGACGGCAUCUUCAACCUUCACAAAACCGCCAUAUGAUUGGCAUAUUGGCAUGGUUGGUAUACUGGGAGUGUCUGGGUUCAUUGGCGCCGUUUUUGCGUUCUUCAUCGGAGGCAAACUUAUUGACAUCAUUGCAAUUCGAAUGACAAAACGUAACCGAGGUCGACAUGAACCAGAAUAUCGACUGCCAGCAAUCAUUGUCCCAGCCGUAAUUGGCCCCAUGGGUGUCCUUACAUUCGGUCUCUGUAUAGCACACCACACCAACUGGGUUGGUUCCGCAUUUGGUUAUGCAAUGGAAGGCUUUGGCCUCACCGCUGUGUCCAAUGUGGCUGUGACAUAUGCUGUGGACUGCUACCCAGAGCUUGCAGGUGAGGCUCUCGUCGUCAUCUUCAUCAUCAGAAACUCGGUUGGAACGAUUCUGGCACUGUACACAACAAAGUGGCAGGAGGGAACAGGCGUACAGAAUGCAUUUGGACAGAUGGUUGGGCUGCAGUAUUUUCUGAUUCUUAUCGUGAUCCCUAUGUAUAUCUUUGGGAAGAGAAUUCGUGCUUGGACGGCUACAUUUGGUCCUGCAAAGUAUAUCUCUUCAAGGGACUAA